AUGAACUCCCUUCGCAUCGCCCGUGCAGCUCUCCGAGCUCGCCCUGCGGCCAUUCGGGUGCCCCUGCAACGCAGGACCUACGCCGAUGCCGUCCCCGACAAGAUCAAGCUGAGCUUGGCUCUUCCCCACCAGUCGAUCUACAAGUCCCAGGAUGUCGUCCAGGUCAACAUUCUCGCCGAGUCCGGAGAGAUGGGUGUCCUCGCGAACCACGUUCCUUCCAUUGAGCAGCUGAAGCCCGGCCUGAUUGAGGUCAUUGAGGAGAGCGGCGGUAGCAAACAGUUCUUCCUGUCUGGCGGCUAUGCCAUCGUCCAGCCCAACUCCACCAUGAGCAUCAACGCCGUUGAGGGCUUCCCCCUCGAAGACUUCAGCGCCGAGGCUGUCAAGUCCCAGAUCGCCGAGGCCCAGAAGGUCGCAAACGGCAGCGGCAGCGAGCAGGAUAUUGCUGAGGCGAAGAUUGAGCUGGAGGUCAGUGGCAUCAACUACAAGUUUGCUGUGUUCCAGUCCGUGACGCUAACAGUAUUGCUACCCACAGGCUGCUUCAGCACUCCCGAGCCCAACCGCCGAGGCGAAGAUCGCCGCCAAACGAGUGCUCUCGGUUCGCCGGUUUUUACACCCGAGUUUUGCACCUACACUGCGCAAUACCUAACGGUUUUCCAUUGGGCCAGUGCCGUCUGGCGAAGUAGCAGUCGUUGGUACAAGUGGUUGCCGAACAGACUGACUAUCGCCGGCCCCAGUCAUCAGCUUGAGUACUCCAUGGCCAACGCUGUCUGCAAACCUGCCAGAAUCUUCCGCGACGAAGCUCAUCGAGCCUUUGCUGCCGCCAGGGCCGCUCGCCGGCGAGGUGACGACACUCCCGUCACGACGCCCCAGAAGGAGGAGGAAUCGCAUCAAACUCUGCCUCGAAGUGGUCCUUCAGAGCAGGGAAGAUUGUCCCAAGAGGAUGAUCAAGACUCAUCCAAGAGGCCUCUGUCCGACUGUAUCCCGCACAGAGAUGAUCUCGCCUUCCGGUCCGACUCGCCCUGCCCGGCCGAUUGUCAAGACCCGACUUGUCGAGCUACGCACGCAGGCCAUCAUCCCUAUCGGCAUAGCGUGAGCUGCACUCUCAACAGGGAGGCUCAGGAGAAACUUGGAGCCGGCAGCGCCGAGGACAGCGCAAAUGAAGCAUCGGCGAGACGGAACACAAUGCCUUUCGCACACAGAGAUGUCAGCCUCGAUAUGCCGAAGCCUGUCGUGUCGUACAGGUCAUCCAUACUGUCAACCGCGACAGAACCAUGUACCGACGGUAUGACCAACCGCAGAUACUCGGUCGUUGAUUUCAGCGAGCAGGGGAGCGUGAAGCACCUAGUCCUGCUGAAGCAUCUGCCGCAGUCACCGGAGGGACGACCCACUCGCCCCGAUAUUCCGAGAGUCCGCGUGAUCAGCCCUCCGGAUUGGCUGAGACGCCCGUCUCAUGUACCAGGAAAGAUUGAGGGCCGCCUCCGGAGGGUUGAGAGCAGGAGUACUCCGCACGUUGUCAAUCGACUUGGGUCGUUCAGCAUGGUACCUUUCUUGGGGGACAGCACAGCAAGUGAUCUGGAGGAAGCCCGUGCAAGGCUGAGGCCAACAGCACCACGAGCACCACGAACAAAUGCAGCGGAAGAUCGAGUAGACAGUGAGCUGAGAAGGUCCCGCCAGUUGCGCGGACACCCUGAAUCCAGCCCAUCGUCUCCCAGGGGCGAAGCCCAGAAGACACAGGCUGGCCAUGAAGAUCAGAGACUGCCCCACGCGCGGAUCUGGAGCCCUUCCGAUGAGAGCAAGUUGCUGCCCAGUACUUUUGUUCACGUGCCGGGCUCAAGAACAGAUGCAAAGUCCGACAACACACGAACAAAAAUGCUUGCCGCUGUUGACACACCACCACCCUUGCCUGUGAGUCCUCACAGCGCAGGGCGUGAUCAGCCAGCAAGAUCACGAGACAUCAAGUCCGGCACAGCACAGGACCAUGAGUGCGAGUGGAAAGUGAAAUGCUUGAAACUGGAAGCCGAAUACCGCGCAAUGAAGUCUGAGAUGGCAAGGAGGAGCCUCGAGUCUGAAGACGAACUUGGGAUUGACGGGCUGACAAUUGUGCUGCACCUGAAGAACAAGGAGGAUGUGGUCAUCAAUACGGAUCUGAGGCAAUCCGAGUGA